GUUUGAAAUUGAGGUUAAACAAAUCUUGUUUUCGGUGCAUCGAAAGAUUGUUGAUGCGUUAGAUUACACAGACAGUUUAUAAAUUAAAGAUUUUUAUUAUUGUUAAGAAUAAUAUAAAUAGCAGUUCAUUGUUAAAUAAAAAUGGCAGCAGCAAGUGAAACAACAAAAGAAGAUUUACAAGCUGAAAAAGCUUCUUUAAAUACUCAGACAACAGAGUCCAAUUUAAGAUUUGAAUCUCCAAAAAAAGGCAGCACACUUUCUACAAGUACAAGCAGUUUUGAAGCCUUAGAUCCUCAUGAUCCUAAUUUGAGUCGCUUAGCAAAUACAAUGUUUCAAAAAACCAGUGAAUAUCUUCAAGAAGAACUAACUGCUACUCAGGAAGAUUAUAAACUGUUAGAACGUAUGAAUAGAGAAACUAUCAAUAAAUACAGUCAAUUGAAAUUUACAUCAAAAGAAGUAUCAAACUAUUUGAAUCGACUCAAUCAAACAUAUAAAAAACUACAGCCUGUUUUAGAUAAUAUUAAUCAAAUUGAUGAUAGUGUUACAAAGUUAGAGCAAGCAGCAUAUAAGCUUUUAGCUUAUUCGAAUAGAUUGGAAGCUAAAUUUAAAGACAUUGAAAAAGAAAGCAAGAAGUAAUAAGUUCUAUUUUAUCAAGUACGAUUUAAAAACUUGUAUCAUUGCAUAUAGAUGCAAAUGAUUUUUUGCAUCCAAGGUAUCUGUGAUUUGGUUAUUAUUAAAAUAUAGUUUGCAUUUAAUUAUUUCGUAUGUAGCAUAAUAUUUUGCCUAUAUUUUACAAAUAAAACUAAUCAAUUUAACAAAUAUAUAUAUAUAUAUAUAUAUAUAACUUUGUAAAAAACUAUAAUAGUAUUUUUUAAGAUAUUCAAUA